AUGUCCAGUGAACUUGCAUCAACCCUUCAUGCUGGGUCUUGUCUCAUUGAUACGCUCUCGACGCCACAGACGCAAUUAAAAUCCGCUUUACUACAGCGCCUCCAAAACUAUUACAGCUGCUUAGGCUCUUCGUCGACUUUGAAUGAUUCCGCAACUUUGGAAAAUGUUCAAAUAAGAACUGCAGAUGAAGCUCUUGUUGUGGUCGAAAAGGUGCAGCGAUUGUUGAGAACAAAUGCUCCUGAUACCGGAGCUCCGCUUCUAGGUACUCGUGAUUUGAACCAGCUAAGGGUCUUGCUUUCAAUAACGUUCCGAUGGGGCGUGGAUCCUCUGCUUUCUCAUGUCAUAUCCUCCUGGCCCAACACGUCUUCUUCCACAGUCCCAGGGGCCAAAAUAAUUGAUCUGACAUCGACUCCCGAGGAUUAUCAUCAUCUAGCUAAUUUGGUCGCCCGCCAAUUAACCCUAGUCUUUCCUCUAGGCAUUCAUGGAAACACGUCGAACACUCUAAUCACAGAAGUGAUUCUUCAGCGACACCUCCCUGAUAUUCUCAAACCGGCUAUCUCGUUAGGAUGGCUUCCUAAAUCAUUAGCGGUGGAUACAAUGACCCCACUGGAUGAUAUUCGCCCUCUGAUAAUGCGACUCAUGGCUAUGCUGCCCCCAGUCGAGUCAAUGGUUGCCCUCGGUAGUGUUAUGUCUUCCACAAACUCAGUACCACACAUUCGCCGAACCUGUGGAUACCUCAUGAGCAGACAACUUCUUCGACCUGAAGGCGUCAAGGGUUUAUGCGCAGCGGUCUUUGGAGACAGCGAGAAUGUCGAUGACAUUCAACUCGAUAAGUUACAACACAUAUCUCGCGUUUUGAUUACGGUUCCUGCGGGUAUGGUACCAAAAGAUUACUUUUCAAUCAUACUACCCCGCCUAAUUGAUCUCCUACAGGAGAGCCGUUACCCUGCUUAUAGGAGAGCAGCGGCUUUCGCAUUGUCGCAAAUGCUUGCAGUCAAAAACGGAACCGCUGCACAAAUCAUCUUGUUUCGAUUUCAUGAUCUGUUUCUAUACACCCGCCCGGACACAGAAGAAACGGAUGUGACGAUUGUUCUGGGCAACUUGACUACUGUGCUGACCAAUUCUGAUCCAUCUCCCGAGCUCAUCAGCACACUACUCUCACCUAUAGUACGACCUUUAUAUGGUUUACUUUUCCACCUUGAUUCGAUUAGAACGUCAGACCCUGAACUGAAGGAGAUGGUUCGCGGACUAUUGUUGACCUGGUCCAGAAUCACCUCCAGUUCAGAGGCAAUAGAUACCCUAUGGACAAUUUUCGAUGACGAGGGGGGUCAAUGGCACACUGAUCUAGAAGGGGGUGUACGACGAGGCCCAAGCGUUCCCACUCUAGCUUCGACGAAAUUGUCACUGUUCACUCCUGAGACACUCAAGAAGGCAAAUGAAGCCGGAGAACUUGACCCUACUGCAAACAUACUAGAUCUAUACCCAGAGCCUCGUCAUUUAGCAGUGUUCCUCAAGUCGAUGAACCGGGAUGACAUUCUGUCCCAAUUCCUAGUCAAACUUCUAGAAGGAUACCGGGACAACAAGAACAGCGAGGAUGGGAAUCCAGUUCGCACUUUGCUGUACCUGCAGUUGAUAAUGCAAUUGCAAAUCGCAGUUUCUGAUAGCUCCAAAUCGGCUGGUCUAUUCUCCAAACCUAGUCAAAUACUGACUUUCAUUAAACAAGCCCUUGAAGCGGCUGCUUCUGCACGUCCCGAGCCCAAUUACCAGAAGAAAAAAGUUUCGCUUGCAGGAAAAUUUCAAAUAUCUGACCUCCGAUUGAGUCCACAGGACGAAGAGGAUCCUGAAGUUAGCGACGGAGAUAGCGACGACGAUCUUUCCGAUUCCGAAGCUUUCACAGCAGACAAUGAGAUGGAAGAGACGUCAAUCACUUUGCUGCUGUCUGUUCUCGAAGCCAACGAAAACUUGUCAGCCCGUACAGAGCCUAUACUCAACGACAUAUUUGAGCUUCUUGAACCUCGUGUGAACCAUAGUCCCUCCGCUGUGAGAUUAGUCGCUCGAGAGGCCCGGAUGGUCAUGACUGCUCGUCUCGCACUCGGAGACGACGAUGUUUCUCGCAAUAAUGCUGUAGAUACACAAGCGGAAAGCCCUCGAGAGAUCUAUCAGAAAGCUCUCAAGUUUCUUCAAGAUCCUAUCCUGCCCGUUCGUGCUCACGGGCUACUCCUCCUCCGCCAACUCGCGUCCGCUUCAACUGAUUCUGCGAAAAUGGAUUCAGCGCUCGUUCCUGCGGUACUAGAAAUAUUCGUCCAAUCCAUACAGGAUGACGACUCAUACAUUUUUCUCAAUGCAGUACAAGGACUCGCUGCCCUCGUUGAUAACUAUGACAGGAGUAUUUUGAAGAGACUGGUGUAUGACUAUACGAAGCACUUGGACGGGUUGGAAGCGGGGAAUAUGAAUCAACAGGAUGUGGAUACUCGUAUCAGACUCGGUGAAGCGCUUUCGAUGGUAAUCCGUAGAUGUGGGGAAACAUUGGGGGCAACAGGGAACGUCAUCAUCCCACCUCUGCUCCGUGUGAUACGCUCACCUACCGCGCCCACUACGCUCCGCACAUCAUCUUUGUCUUUGCUAGCAGACUGCCAAAACACGUAUGCACUCGCGGUCUUACCGUAUUUACUGGACUUGGCGGAAGGGAUGAUAGACCUUUUACAAGUCGAAACGACAUCUACUACGGAUAAUACUACUACUACCAAGUCAGAAGAAGGACGGAAAUUGACCAUGGAUGAUCAUCCUACUUCCACAAACACCAAGUUUCCUCCACUCAGAAGGGCCGCUCUUCAUUUCCUUACUCUGUUGAUUCGCGGGACUACGAAGGAGAUCUACGAGUCGUAUGCGUCUGCCGGAGACAAUGCUCGUUUGUCUGUGGGGUUAACGAAACGCAUGCGAAUCACGUUAGGUUAUAUUUCUAACACGGAUGAUGAUAUGUUGGUCAGAGUCAUGGCACGAGAAGCCUUGGAAGAUCUAGCACAUCUCGAGUUGGCGAAACUUACGAUAUGA